GCUCGGCGAAGUCACAAGUCCUCCUCUCAAGAAAGAGAGAAACAGACGAUAUCCGACAUAAGAAAGACGUUUUAAGAGACAUUUACGGAGAAAAAAGGAAGAGUUUAAAAAGCGGAGAUAAGAAGGUCGUAAACUUCGAAAAAUCUUUGAGAAUAUCACCGUCUGCAUCUUCUUCGCCGCGAGAUAUGUUCGGGAUGCAGAUCCACUCGUUGAGCAGCGUGGGUCGCAGCCGUACUGUGCUGCUGCUGGUGGCUCUUCUGCUGUGCCAGGAAUCCUCGAGCAGCUUCAUCAAACUGCGUCCAAAUACCCUGCGCGAGUUCCAAUUCCUCCAGUGCCGCGGUGACUACGAUAAGGAGCGUUACACUGCCCUCACCCGCGUCUGCGAUGACUGCCACAACCUCUUCCGGCAGCCACAGGUCAUGACGGAGUGCAAGUCGAACUGCUUCCGCAACUCACUCUUCCUCACCUGCGUCAAUCUCCUCAAGUUGGAACACCUCGAGGACGACUUCAAGAAUAAUAUAAUGAUAGUCAGCGGAAACGAACUCUAAAAACUCUUCAAGUGGCGGACAACUCUCAACAGUGUCGGAUCCUGAACGCGACGGAAUGGUGCCAAACUUCUUAUUAUCAUCAUUUUCUCGUCUUCUCAAGCUGAUUGUCAUUGUCAUGCUUUUUGAAUGUCAUGGAUUGGUUUUUAUUUUGCUAGGUUUCGAAUUUAUUCAUUUACAUAAUUGGUAAUAGGUAAUAUCCUGUCCAAACUGUGUCGGAUGUGAUUUUUUUUACUCUUGCCAUAUUGUUAAUAUCAGUUAAUUUCUAAACCAGAUUAGUUUACAUAAAUGAAUAUUUAUCCAUUCAGAAUUUGGUUUUGGUCCGUAAUAUAACCCUUCUUUGUCGAAUUAAGAAAUAUUAUUAAUGUUUUAUUGUUUUUCUUCUAUCUAAAAUCUGCGGACUGACAUCAAACUUGUUGGGAACCAAAACUUAUUAACAAUCAUAUAACUUUUACAUGUUCUAGCUUUGCUUUAAGUAAUUCCAAACUGUCAGUUCU